AUGAAAUAGAACCUAGAAUCACCGCAAUACAUAUUCCGAGCCGUCAGACUGACCAAAUGUGAAAAAAAAUACUUUUUUGAGUUCCACAUGGAUUACAAUCUUUCUUUACCCACAAUCACACCACAUAUUGCUUCCAUUAUCAAUCGCAGCGUCGAAAAACCAGCAAAGAGAGGAAAAUCUAAAAACACGCGUUACUACGCGAACGAGCGAUAAAUUUCAAUUCCGCACAUUGCAGAAGUAAAAAAAUGAAUGUUUGCUCCGCGCGGUUGGGAGGAGGGAGGGAGGCGAGCUGGACCGAUGUGCGAAAAUCACACGUCCCGCGCCAAGCGAACCUUUUGCGCAGAAUACAUUUGCGACUCGCGGUGACAGAGAGGGAGCAAGGUUGGGCGGCGUUGGCAGGCGGCGGGGCGCGGGGGCCGUGCGACACGCAAUUUCUCGCUGAACCGAACCCGCUCGUGUUUACCCACGGGGUUUUUGAACGGAGCGGCAGUCCGCCCGCAGCGGACAGCGUCGUUCGCCAUCUACCGCCUCUUCAUUGGCGAAUAAUUACUAGCGAAAAGCAGGGCGAGGCGGCGCGCGCUCUAGUUUCUCCUGAUGUGCUCUUACGACCGCGAGGUCUAGCGCUCUACGAAAGAACUGCUUGUGGCUUGGAAAGGUCUCCGCUAAUGCACAGAAGCAAGUCAUGA